AAAUACUUACGCGCCAAACAAAACAACGACAGCCUCAAGGGGGAUUUCGGCAAUUCGAAAAAUUCCAAUCUCACAUUUCAAUUCAGGCCCUUGAUUUUGCUAAAAUUCCAAUCUCACAUUUCAAUUCUGGCCUUUGAUUUUGCUAAAAUUGCGUGGCUCAAAUCUCCUGUUUGAACGUUGUCAAAAUAGUAAAAAUGAAAGAGAGCCUUUUUUUUAUAUAUUUAAUCUGAACCGCUUAUCUUCUUCUGGUUCUGCUUUCAAUGCCUCCAUCUCCACCACGCUGUAUGGCCUGUGGCACAAGCCCUUCCUUCGCCCCUCACGUGAUCGGUUCUUCCUCCUCCUCAUUCCUGGAGCUUUGCCGGACCUCCAGACCCGGACCCCCGUUUCCAGUUCGGAUAUCCGCUAACGGUCAUAAUUUCCCCACCACUCGUGAUGACCUUGUUCAAGGCCCUUCUUGUAUCUUCGUCGGCCCCAUCGAGACUGCCAGCAAAGAAACUUUGGAAGCCCUUUAUCGUCAAGCUAGGGAUUCUUAUUACAGUGGGAAGCCUUUGAUAGUGGACGACAUGUUUGAUAGAGUAGAGAUGAAGCUUCGGUGGUAUGGUUCGAAAAGCGUUGUGAAAUACCCUCGGUGUAGUCUUAGACGACAAUCAACGUAUGCAGAUGCUGAGGUAGAUUUAUCACAGGUUUUCACAUUAGCGAGCAUAUGGGUGCUCUUUCUUGCUAUUGGCAGUUCAGCUUGCGUUGUGCCCAUAAUCUACACUAUUGGACUUGCUUAUCAAGAUGCAUAUAAUUCAGGAAAGUCUUACAUCAACCAAGUGCCUGCAUUAGAGUUUCUUGCCACGGUGAAUGGUGUUUUAUUUAUGGUAUUCGGUUCUCUCAUUGGCUACCCAAUUGCCUCGGCUUCUGUAAAAGUUCUUCAAGGCUUGUGGAGAAAUGACUUAGUAGCAUUAAAGGGGGCAUGCCCAAAUUGUGGGGAGGAGGUUUUUGCAUUCGUGAAAUCAGAUCAAUCUAAUGACUCCCCACAUAGAGCAGAUUGUCAUGUAUGCGAGAGCCUAUUAGAGUUUCGCACCAAGGCUGAGAAAUCCGAUUCAAGAUUGGGUAGGAGAUGGGUAUAUGGUCGCAUUUAUCUAGUUUCUCGAAGAAAUCGGCGAAGAUGGCUGUAAUAUUUGAGCUUUAUGUACAGUGGCUUCCCAUUUUUUUCCUUUUUCUUUUUUCAGUCAAAAUCCUUUUUGUGAUUUCCUUAAGACUGUUUAGCUGUUUUAUAUUUUCAUUUUACCCUUUAAAUAAUAAAAGCAAUCUGUAUGUAAUUUUGGCAACCAACGCCAGCAUUAAUCAUCAUAAGGUGAUCAAAUAUGAAAAGUAGAGAAAGAAAGAUUUGAAUUUAGAACAAAA